CACGCGAAAUCGCUACAUCGCUGCCCGCAGAGCAACGCAGAGCACCAACGGCACGCAAGGACCAGCCGUGCCAUGCUCCGACGGCAUUUCCUCGCCGCCGCGGCGCUGGGCAGCGUUUGGGGAGAGGACACCCUGGACAAUGCGGACCAAACUUGCACGUCGAUCAAUGGCGUCGUGAAAUGCGGCGGAGAAGAGGGCACGGAGUGGAUCGUGCAGUUCGGUUCUCAUAGAAAUGACGAGUUGCGAGCGCUGGCGAUCGACGCGUCGACGGAGCGCGUCUACUGCGCUGGAAGUACGAUGGGAGCUGUGGGCGGCGAACAUCGAGGCUACGGCGACGUCUGGAUGGCCGGGAUUUCUCAUACUGGAGAGCACGAGUGGUCGACACAAAUAGGGACCAAUAGGGAGGACAAGGUCGAGGGAUUGGCGGCCGGGGAUGGUCAUGUCGUCGGCGGCGGCUGGACCUACGGGCACUGGGGCGAGGAGGGCCUCGCGGGGACGAUGGACGGUUGGAGAGGAAGAUGGGAUGAUAAGGGGAGGGGCCAGUGGGGCCGGCAUCAUGAUGAUGGCGGCGAGGGCGUCUUGCAAGCAGGUUCAGAGAAGAAGGAUUCCAUCCUGGGCGUGGCCUCGGACGCCUGGUUGUCGAUCUUCUUCGCGGCGGGCCAGACCUACGGUCAUGUGGACGACCACCACGACGAGAACGACUACGACGACCACUACCACAGGCAUUUUGGGAUGGGCGACGCGUGGCUGGGCGCUUUUUCUGGAGAUGAUGGAAGACACCUCUGGACGCGGCAGAUCGGCUCGGAGAAGUCCGAUACGGUCGCGGCGGUCGCGUCCACAGCGUCCGGUUCGGCCGUCUUCGCGUGCGGCCAGACGUUUGGGGAAGUCGCCGACGGGUCGUUCAUUGGCAAGGGCGACGUCUGGGUCACGAAGCACGACGGCAAGACCGGCGAGGAGCUCUGGGUGAAGCAGAUCGGCUCCGAGCGGGCCGAGGAGCCGACGGCCAUGGCGAGUACCGGCCCUGGCGACGCGGUGUAUGUCGCGGGCUCGACGUUCGGCGCGGCCAUCGUCGACGGGAGCGGCUCCGAGGACCCGGCGUCUGCCCCGGGCAAGCCCGGCGGACGGGAUGGGUUCGUCGCGAAGCUCGAUGGACGAACGGGUCGGAUCAUGUGGUCCGUGGUCCUGGGGACGAACCGCGUCGACUUCCUGAACGCGGUCGCCGUCUCGCCGGACGGCGAGAGUGUUUAUGUGGGCGGCCAGACCUAUGGCGAUUUCAACAAGACCAUCGCUGGCAAGUCGGACGCCUGGAUCGCGGAGCUCGACGCGUUUGAUGGCUCGCGACGGUGGGUCGCGCAGUUCGGGGAGCUCGGCCGGGACGACCUCAACGCGUUAGUAGUCGCGCCGGACGGCGACGUCGUCGCCGGCGGCGCCACCGAUUCCGACUUUGGGGCCUGCUCGUCGGGCCUCAUGGACGUCUGGGUCGCGCGCGUCGCGCCGGAGAAGGCGCACGCCUUCUUUUCCCAGCUGGACCACGAGCACGCGGCGACGCACGACUGCCCCGGCGCGAACAAGGAGGGGGGCGUGACGCGGAAGAAUUCGUAA